CUGCCUUAUGUGAUAAGCUUUUCUGUAGUUUCUUUCCAGUUGUGUCACUAAAGGACGAGCAAAGAGUCUGAAUACAAUCUUAGGGUUCUCUGUGGAGAUCUCCAGGGCUGUAUCUCAGCCCCUCUAUUCCACCUUUCAAGAUGUCUGGGUGAUCUGCCUGGCAAAGCCCACCCUGAGAUAGUCAUGACAUGAUCUCCAUCCAUACACGGGAAGUUCACAUCAUGCAAAAGCUUGUCUAGAAAGCCUAUUGAGAAUGAAAAGCACCAUCCCUUGGUCUCAGAACGCCUCUGCAUCGCAUGGUUUCCUCAUCACAUGAUAACUCUUCUCAGGCUGUCUAGACCAAAGCCUGGUUCCCACUGGGCAUUGCUGCUGCCCCAGUUUCGGCCAGUCAGAGAAGCAUCUGUCCCUGGUACAAUUGCUCAAUCCGCAGGAGGGAAAGGAAGCCAAGUUCCUGUUCUCAUUCCUUCCUGCAGAACAAGGAGAAAAAAGCUUUUCUUGGGCAAGAAUCCUUUUUAUUUUUGUUCAGACUCCCCGCUGCGCUGCUGGAUAGGGGAAGAAGAGACAUGGAAAAGCUCAUGCAUCUGAUCUUAUUGGUCUUCUUAUCAGAGCUGUGUGUGGCAGAGAACACCACAGUGGUGUAUGGAAUGGAAGGAGAGACCAUCACCAUCAGCUGCGCCUACAGUCCCAAGGAGAACAAGUGGAGAGAGAAGAGCUGGUGCAAACACGUCAAUAAGACUGAGUGCCAGCACGUGGUCAGCGCCCGCCGCUUCUGGCUCCAGUUCCUGAAGAAGUGGAAUGGCAACACUUCCAUUGCUGACAACAUCCACACAGGGGUCCUCACAGUCACCCUGGAGAGACUCCAGAAACAGGACGCCGGGCUGUACCAGUGCAAGACUGACUUCUUAGGAGAAGCAAGGACCUUGAAGAAGGUGAAAGUGGAGGUGCUGGGAGCAGGUGUAAUGGAGACCCAGGCACCAGACGAGCCCAAGGCUCUGCACAGCAUCUCCAGCCUUCCUGAAGCCCAUUUCAAUGCAUUCGUCUGCAUCAUUACGGUACUCCUGGUUGCUAAAUUCCUGACAGCCUUACUGAUCUUUACCAUCACCAGCCGUCAGAGGAGCGGAGCCAUGAGGGAGGGGAGCCACAACCUGAAUCAACACCAGCGCCUUCCACUCUCAGUACAAGAGAACUGAAAGGAUGAUGCAGGUAACGCUUGGACAGGAUGGGAGGAGGAAGAAAAGGAUGGGC